GCAGCGCGUCCGUGCUGGCGGGCGUAAGCGUCGUGCUUUGCGGGGAUCUGGGUGGGACGAACUCAAGGUUGGAGCUCUUUCGUGUGGAGGAUCCGAGCGGUCUGGAUGCUUCGGCCCUCCACCAAGUCGGAAAAACCCAGCCCUUAUCGAAGUGCACGUACAAGAACGACAAUAUUGAAGGUGACUUCACAGACCUACUUCAUCGGUUCCUCCGCGAUUCAAACCUGCCGCUGUUCGAGCUCGUCGCCGGAUGCCUGGCCGUGGCAGGUCCCGUGAGUAAGGACCGUGUCGUAUUCACAAAUCUGUGCUGGGUCAUUGAUGCGAGGAGCCUCGAGGACGAGUUCGAGAUGCCCCGCGGGUCCAUGCGCCUCGUGAACGACUUCGCGGCCAACGGGUACGGUGUCGUAACCCUUGAGGCUUCUGACUACGACGAAAUUUCGCCGCAUGGACCGAUCGUACCAACCGUGGGUGCACCUGUCGCUUGCGUUGGCGCCGGCACGGGCCUCGGCGAGACCUUUGCCACUAGCUCUGAGACCUCGGGGGGAUUGAUAUAUGAUGCAUGGCCUUCCGAGGGGGGCCAUGUUGCGUUUGCGCCUCGCGACGACUUGCAAUGUGAGCUCUUGCUCCACCUCAUGGGAAAGUUUCACGGCCGUGUCUCCACCGAGCGCGUCGUCAGCGGAAAAGGCAUCGUCAAUGUCUACGAAUUCCUUGCGACCAAGUUUCCAGACGAGGUCGAUGCUACGAUUAUCCUUCCUUCCUUCCUUCCGUGAUUUUUCAUCCCCCACUCAGGUCUUGUUACGGUCGAUGACCUUGGCCUCCGAGGUGCCCACUAUGUUGCCCUCACGAUGCUCAUCGAGUCCAAUAUCCGCAAUAAAACUACCCCCCCUUGUUCAAGUAUCGCGGCGCCGACGAGCUCAAGGCGCUCCUCCGAUUGGGAUACCCCCAUUGAGCCACCCGAACUUGGGACGAUGGACUUGGAGAUGAGCAUCAGGGAGAUAUCAACCUCGAUUAAAAGAUGCUCGUUCGCCCUCGCAAUCACCGCCCUCUUCGCUUCCGCAUUGGCCGCUCGAAGGACUCCGCCGUAAGGAUAUGCAUCCGACCUGCAACGACUCCGGCGCUCUCGGGGCUUUUCGAUCUGGUGCAGCACGGUGGCGGGCCUGGGAAACCCAACGAAGCUGAGUUUGCGGCUUGCCCCUCUCCCUAGCCGCCCUUAAGCGCCCCGCGCCUGGCG